AAUCGUACCCGCCCUUUCUGCAGACGCUACCGGCUAUUUAAAGGUCUGCGCCAAGGCCCGCGUGGCGUGGUCGUUUGUUGGGGGGUUUGCGGAGCGCAGCGGUCAUGGCCAGCCACCUCGUGCUCUACAAUGGCGCCAAGAUGCCCAUCGUGGGGCUGGGCACCUGGAAGUCCCCUCCGGGCAAAGUGACAGAGGCUGUGAAGAUUGCGAUUGACCUUGGGUACCGCCACAUCGACUGCGCUCAUGUGUACCAGAACGAGAAUGAGGUGGGGUUGGCCAUCCAGGAGAAACUCAAGGAGCAGGUGGUGAAGCGCGAGGACCUCUUCAUCGUCAGCAAGCUGUGGUGCACGUACCAUGAGAAGAGCAUGGUCAAGGGGGCCUGCCAGAAGACGCUCAGCGACCUCAAGCUGGACUACCUGGACCUCUACCUUAUCCACUGGCCGACGGGCUUCAAGCCCGGGAAGGAGUAUUUCCCACUGGAUGGGGAAGGCAACGUGAUCCCCAGUGACACCAAUUUUGUGGACACAUGGGAGGCCAUGGAAGAGCUGGUGGAUGCCGGGCUGGUAAAAGCUAUUGGAGUCUCCAACUUCAACCAUCUCCAAGUCGAGAAGAUCUUAAACAAGCCCGGCUUGAAAUACAAGCCGGCCGUUAACCAGAUCGAAUGCCACCCGUACCUCACUCAGGAGAAGCUAAUCCAGUACUGCCAGUCCAAAGGCAUUGUGGUGACUGCCUACAGUCCCCUUGGCUCUCCCGACAGGCCCUGGGCCAAGCCCGAGGACCCUUCCCUGUUGGAGGAUCCUAGGAUCAAAGCGAUCGCAGCCAAGCACAAUAAAACCACAGCCCAGGUUCUGAUCCGGUUCCCCAUACAGAGGAAUCUGGUUGUGAUCCCCAAGUCUGUGACACCCGAACGCAUUGCUGAGAACUUCCAGGUCUUUGACUUUGAACUGAGCAGCGUGGAUAUGACCACCUUACUCAGCUACAACCGGAACUGGAGAGUCUGUGCCUUAGUGAGCUGUGCCUCCCACAAGGACUAUCCCUUCACCGAUGAGUUUUGAAGCCGUCGGUGCCUGUCCUCCCCCAGGUGGCCUGCUGCUUUGUUCCCCGUGUCACUUCUCCUGGAUGUAGCGUAGUGUGGCCUGUGCCCAUCAGUGGUGGGUCCACGAUCUGGGGACGGGCCAGUGAGGGCUUGGCCCACGUGGUGUUGGAUCCAGAGAGUAGUAUCCAUAGAUACUAUCCAUAGAAGUCUCUUCCAGGUCUCUUUGCCCUUCUUCUCCAGCUGGGGAAAGUAGGACCUUAGUACCCUUUUCUGGCUAAGUUGAAUCUACAGAGUCGAAACAGUGCUACUAACAACCGGAUGUUGGCUGCCGGGAAGCAUAACCCUUUCAGCCGGACUUCUUGCCUCAAAUAAAAAGUACUUUUGUGAACUUGA